UGGUGGUGGCCUUUGUUUCCUUGUUGCGCGGGCGGUGUUGAGAUGCUAUUGUUUUCUUAUGAGCUGCAAAGAGCAGAAUUGAAAUUAGUUUGGUUACUCGUGGACGACGUAAGGCGUUGAAACUGUAUCUAUGUCUUUGUUACAUUGUUAUGACCGAGAUAACCUCGAGAGGAUGAUGUUUUUUCCUUCUUCUUCCUCAACGUCGGACCACCUCCUCAUGUCGUCACAUCUCAAAGCUACAAAAGCUAUAUGGAGGAAUUAGACGAGGCUGAAAUCGGACAGGAACAACAGGCGGUGUCAGGGAGGUUGCAAACCGGCGAAAUACAACCAAAAUGAAGGCCUUAAAUUCAAUUUAUCGCACGGUGAACAGCUUAUGCAGCCGGCAAGGCGAGAGAGUGUCCGCGCUGGCCCGAUGCGGUUUGUGUGGCACUGCAACGUCAAACAGCAAGUUCCAGCCGGACUUUGGCUUGCUGUUUGACAUUGAUGGAGUUCUCGUCCGGGGGAAGACCCCCAUCCCUGCAGCGAAGAGGGCCUUUCAGAAACUGGUGGACUCCAGUGGCCAGUUUGUUGUCCCUGUCGUAUUUGUCACCAAUGCUGGGAACUGCCUUCGCCAGAAGAAGGCCGACCAGUUGUCCCAUAUUUUGGGAGUGCCUAUCUCCCAAGACCAAGUCAUGAUGUCCCAUAGUCCUUUGCGAAUGUUCAGGAAGUACCAUGACAAAUGUGUCCUUGUCUCUGGACAAGGCCCUGUCCUGGACAUUGCCAAGCACUUGGGCUUCAUGAAUGUGAUCAGCAUCGACAUGCUACGCGAAACCUUUCCCCUGCUGGACAUGGUGGAUCACAACAGACGUCCCCGACUACCGUCCUCUGCCAUUGUGAACCUCCCCAAAAUUGAAGCUGUUGUCCUGUUUGGCGAGCCCAUCCGAUGGGAGACCAACCUGCAGCUGAUAGUGGACGUGCUCCUGACCAAUGGGAGCCUGGGCAGCCCUUAUGUGAACUCACCGCCCAAUCACCUCCCUCUACUGGCCUGCAACGUGGACCUCAUGUGGAUGGCCGAGGCGCCGUCUCCACGAUUUGGUCACGGCACCUUCCUGGUGUGUUUGGAGAACAUCUACAAGAAGGUUACAGGAAAGGACCUGAAGUACGAGGCUCUGAUGGGGAAGCCCAGUGAGCUGACCUACCACUUUGCCGAGUUCCUGAUCCGGGAGCAGACGGCAGAGCGAGGCUGGAGGGCGCCCGUCAGAUCGCUCUACGCCAUCGGGGACAACCUCAUGACCGACAUCUACGGUGCUAACCUCUACAAUCGCUACCUCGAGGAAAGGGCCAGCCGCAAGAGCGCCAAAGCCGUGGCCAAGGCAGUGGCGGGCGCAGGACCCUCUGCCACCGCCACCACUGCCACCAGGGCCACCUCACAGGAAGUGGACGGUGGCUGGGAGAGUGAGCUGGCGUCUCCUUCGGCCACCUCGUGCAAGUCCAUCCUGGUGUGCACGGGCGUCUACAAUCCGCACACGGAGGUGCCGCCCGACGCCGGCCAGUCCAUCAAAGAGACGGUGUUCCACGGCCACCGCGACUUCCGCUUCGACCCGGCGCUGGUGGAGCCGGGACACAUCGUGCAGGACGUCGAGGCAGCCGUCGAGCUCAUCUUUGAGCAGGAGAAGCUCGGAACCCGCGUCUAGAGUUUAUAGUCUACAUAGGAUAUGAUAUUUAAGAAAGAUAUGAGAGGACGAAAAUACGAAAAAGACUGGACUGGGCAUUUGGUUGGAAAAAGACAUCGUACUAGUCAGACAAGCUUGCUGAUCGCCAGUUUCAUCAGAUCAGUUUUCAUUCAUCACAUACUCAGCUUCAGGGUCAUGCUUUCCUGGUUUGCCCUGAUAAGGUACGUUGUGAAGUGAAACCCUCCAGAAGGUUCCCUGUGCAGGCUGUACCCUCACCCAAGUUGCACCCUUUUACCUUCAGAGGGUCUGAUCUGAUGGUGUUGUUGAUGUUAGCGGCUCAGUCUGGGUGGAUCUGGCCCUAGUCUGGCCUGCAUCUGGCGUGCAUCUGGGCCCAAUCCACUGAGCAGCUAUGAGAGGAAGGAAAUGGACGCAUGGAAUGAUGAUGUCACCACUUUCAGCCCUCAAGUAACCUCUCUAGAAGAUGCAGAUUGCCGACAUCUGCGUCAUCAUUCUCUGUUGUUGUUGUUGUUGUUAUUGUUGUUGUCGUCGCUGUUUCUUGUUUUUUUUUUUCUCUCUUUCUUUUUGCAUGUUUUUCUUCAAGGUGAGGCGCUCUGUAGGAAAACAAACUCGACAAAUCCCCUGCGAUAGAACUGCAUGGACACAGCUAGUGCUCUCUUUCUGUUCCCGCUGCCAUGGAGACCGGUUUAAAGGCUUCCCAAUCAUACUUAGGUCAUAAGAAUGGCCUCGGACACGCCAGUGGGUGCAUUUAAAGGCGUCUUUCAGGUGGUGACUGCAACUUUGCUAAUAUUGAUUAUCACAUACCCGUAGGUCAGUACAUCAUAGACAUCAGUGUUUUUUUUAUUGGCAGAUGUUUUCAUGAAGAGUCCUAGUCUUAUUUAAACAUUUUAACUGUACUUUAAGUUAACAAAAUGAUGUUGUUCUUGUCUAAAUAAGUGUGGAAUAAUGGUUAAAUGUUACAUGUUCAGGUGUUGAGAAUGCGUGAGUAAUUGAGAAUAGCUUUGACUGCACUGACCAAGAAACUAUGAGAUGCACACAUUUUUUUUUUUAAAGAUAAUGGUUUUAGCUUUGUGUACUGUUUUUAUUGCCCAAAAUCUGCCCAUAAUGCGUUAUUCUUGCUUUACUUUUUGGUCAUGAACUUUGAUAUCAUUUCCACCCAUCACUUGUGCAUGUGGAAAUGAAAUGUGGAUGACUUAAUCCGUCUCUUAAAAAGAGACGUAAAGUUGUGUACAAAGCUCUGCGUCUGAAGCUGGGCUAAAGCGAUGCGUUACUGGUGGAGACCUGGGUCUCUCUCCGAUAAACAGACAAAUAUCCGGCACAGAGUCAAUGGCUUAAAAGCAGUUUCAGCCACAUUCCCAUCACUUUUCCAGAGCUUACAUUAAAACAGCAGGAAAAUGUUGUUUCUCUUUUCAUUUGAAAUAGGCAUCCCGUUAUGCACUGGGGCUAUGGGUGAACCUUGGCUUUAUGCAUAGUUCUAUCUUCUGGGUAUGUAAAAAUAGGAUAUUGGGCCUGAGAGAGACUAGUUAGUCUUGUUUGUUGUGUGCAAUAUGGUGUUGAUGGUGGAUGUAGUAAAAUACAUCAAUCAAGACCAGCCCACAGGCACUCAAACAACAGUGUAAGUACAACCAGCUGGAUGGUAAACAUUUGGGGUGAGGAACACAAAUAGGCAUGCU